CUCUCACUCAGGACAACACCCUCUGUGAGUCAGUCCUGCAAAGUAAAGACAGGGAGAAGUUACGAAGCUGUGAUGGGGCAGCUGAUCAGCAAUGGAACUGCGCUGAUCUAUGGAGAUGGCUUUUGAAAAACUUUCCCACUCUGCUGUGUCCCCAAAGAAAACCACCCCUCCCUCCUCAAGCUGAUAUGUGCCAUAAUGAAUACACAGAAUGGGGGAACUACCCCUUCAGAGCUUCAAAGGAUUUCAGAGACACAGCUGUUUUUCACAGCUGCUGUGCUAUGGAAAAACAAAUUGACCUAAAGGACAUGAAGAUCUGGGAUCCACAGGACCUCGCCACCCUUUGGCACCAUGACAGCCAUCCUGGAACGGAUCAGCACCUUGUCUGUCAGUGGACAGCAACUCCGCCGGCUCCCCAAGCUCUUAGAAGAAGGCUUCCCCAAGAUGCCUGGCACCGUCAAAGAAUCUGACGUCCCACAGCUCUUCCGGGAGCCGUACAUCCAAGCUGGGUAUCGCCCCACGGGGCAGCAAUGGCGCUACUACUUUUUCAGCCUCUUCCAGAAGCACAACGAGGUGGUGAAUGUCUGGACCCACCUGCUGGCAGCGUUGGCGGUGCUGCUGAGGUUUCAUAUUUUUGCGGAAGCAGAGGAGUUGACUUUGGACGUCCAGUCUCUGCCCCUCUUCCUCUUCGUCCUCUCCUCUGUCACGUAUCUCACCUGCAGCCUCUUGGCUCACCUCUUGCAGUCCAAGUCUGAGAUGUUUCACUACACCUUCUACUUUGUGGACUACGUUGGGGUCAGCGUGUACCAGUACGGAAGCGCCCUGGCCCAUUUCUAUUAUAGCUCUGAUCAGGCCUGGUACGACAAGUUCUGGCUCUUCUUCUUGCCGGCGGCCGCCUUCUGCGGGUGGCUCUCCUGCGCCGGCUGCUGCUACGCCAAGUACCGCUACCGGCGCCCUUACCCCGUCAUGAGGAAAGUGUGCCAGGUGAUCCCAGCAGGGCUGGCCUUCAUCUUGGACAUCAGCCCCGUGGCACACCGUGUGGUCAUGUGCCACCUUGAAGGUUGCGAGGAGACGGCUGCCUGGUACCAUACCUUCCAGAUACUUUUCUUCCUCGUCAGUGCUUAUUUCUUCUCCUGCCCAGUUCCCGAGAAAUACUUCCCGGGUUCCUGUGACAUCGUUGGCCAUGCCCACCAGAUCUUCCACGCCUUCCUGGCCAUCUGCACACUCUCCCAGCAGGAAGCCAUCUUCCUGGAUUACAAGAACAGGCAAGACAUCUUCCGCAGGCGGCACAGCUCCCUCUCCGUCAUUCUGUCCUGCGGCUCCUUCUUUGGCUUAGUGGCUUGCAGCGCUGUCACUGCACACCUCCUGCAGCGCAGGAUCAGGGUGGAGCUGGCCAUAAAGGAAUCCUGAUCGUCAUGGGGACAGGGCUCAGGCCCAGCCUGCUUGAAGGAACCAAGCAAAGAUGAGCUGCAUAUAAAUACUGUAUAUAAGUAAAUUAACAAAGGGAGUUGCCGCUAUAAAUUAUAAACCAGGAAUUGCUUGCAGUCUGGAGCUACCAUAAAAAAGCCGCCUUAUGUCCUAAACAUUUUUUAAAAAAACUGCAGUGUAACAAUUGCUGGCUAAAGAAGCUUUUUAGGCAGAUGUUUCUGAGUUGUCCUACUCUGAGUUACCUGCUGAAAUUUGUAUGUAUGUCAAAAGAGAAGUGGGAACGGAUAAAUAAUCUAAAAGAGAAGUACCACGGAAUUGCUCAUUUACAAAGGCACAAUUCUAACUGAAAUACUAAAUCUGUGUCUGUCACAAUGGAUGUCAGGGUUCACGUACCUGAAAACCAAAAGUAGGUGUUUGUGUGGGGGGGGAGGGCAUCCCUGCAUGUAGCAAAGUAGCAUGUCAGGGAAAAGACCAGACCAGACCUCAUCCAUCUGCCAUGCUACUGCAGGAGUUUUGUUUUUGUUAUGGGAGGCAUUUAAUAGUUUGAAUUGCUACCUGCAACUGGAGACAGCGCAUCAUAAAUACAGGUUUAUGAACUCAGGAGAACUGGGUUGUAGAUCCAGGUAUAUGGUGAAGAUUGACAGGGUUCAGGGACAUAACCCAAUUUGGUCUGUUCCAUUUUAGUUACCUGUGGUCUUGAGGCUUGAACUUCCUCCUGAGUUGUAAAUUUCAGGAAUAAAUAUUUUACAUGCCAGUAAUAGUACAGAUAGUACAAACAGGAGUAAUGUUUGGUCUCAGUGAUCUGUUUACCACUCUGAUUUAGGUAUUUGUGAAUUCACAGCUCUUUUGUGGGAGAGAGUGAGCCACCUUUUCUUCUAGUAAGAUGCCCUGUGCUAGUACGUCCAAAUUCUGUUUUUCUUCUGUGGGUUCCUGCUUGUUUAAUCAUAGCAAACAAUUUCCCCAUAGCAACAAAAGAGAAACCUUCCCCUAGGUGUGUAUCCUCCCCCCUCGCCCCCCCCCCCCCGUAUCCUGAGUUGGUGAAGGGGAAGCAAGGUACAUGCACUUUUAUCUUGCUCAUAUAAUCUGUUGUCUCUCACAUUUUUUCUUCCCUUGUUGAGAUGUUUCAGAUAGUGCAGGCAGCUUCCCUCUGCAGCUCGCUUGAAGGAUCUUGGGAUGUGGAAAAUAGGAGAGGGGAGCAUUUCAGCAGAACAGAUACCAGAGAAAGGGAGGGGUGGGAGUCCAUUUUGAUGGGGGUUCAGCUGGCUGUGAAGACUGGUUUUGACAGGGGCUCUAUGACCAUAAAAUUGCCGCCUUCUCCAUCACCCUCCUGGAUCCUUUUAUGCUCUGAUUGUGAAGGUCUGUAGCUGCCGUCUCUCUAGAAAAUGACCUCCUUGUAUCUCCCAAAGGGUGUUAUUUUUGUGUAGCCUAGUUCCUCCUUAGCCCAUUUCUGUGGCCUCCACUGCACACUCCUGCUCAAAUCAUCUGUCUGGGUAAUGUGAGACUUUUCUGCUCCCUUCUUUACCUUUACACAUAGCCAGAGAGGGGCUGGCGAUGUCUUCACCGGAUAUACGCUGCCUGUUUGGCUUCCCCACACCUGCAGCUUCUCCCCACAACUCCAAAGCAGCCGCCUUUGUUUGUGCAGUGGCUGUCUCAAAUGAACACACCUCCGCUUAACCACAAAAUUAAUGUGACUUGCGUUUUGAAAUCAGAUGGAAAUUGGUUUGUGGAAAACUACAAGAUAGAUAUGGAUUGUAGCUAAUGUCAUGUACACACAGCUUCAAACACCAGCCAUGGGAACAAACUGGAACCAGAGUAAAUGCCAUGUGUACACAGGCAGCCUAAGAUAUAGGAGCUUCGAACCCCCCCCCCCCCACCUCCCCAUUCAUUUUCAGCUGUUCCUGCUAUCCUUCUACUUUGCAUGGGAUGAGCUCGGGGACCUGUGUGUCUUUUGAGAAUGAGAUACAGUCCUACCUUGGAAGUCGAACGGAAUCUGUUCCGGAAGUCCGCCCGACUUCCAAAACGUUCAAAAACCAAAGCGUGGCUUCUGAUUGGCUGCAGGAAGCUCCUGCAGCCUAUCGGAAGCCACAGAAGCCUCGUCGGACGUUGGGGUUCCAAAAGAAUGGUCGCAAACCGGAAAAAAUCACUUCCGGGUUUGCGGCAUUUGGGAGCCAAAACGUCCGAGUUUCCAAGGUGUUCGGGAUCCAAGGUACGAAUGUAAUGGUAUUGUACCCCAGUCUUGCCCACCUUGAAAGGACACACAGAUUUACCCUAGUCAUUGAAGGAAGGCUAGUUAUGCUGGAUUUACAGAUGCACCAGAAUGAAGUCCUGAAAUGAUAAGAGUAGACCGCAUCACUUUACGCAUUACGCAUAUAUAUAUAUGUUUUAUACACACACAUGUACUACCUAGAAUGAUUUAGCCACCUUGCAGUGCUAGUUUAAUAUUUUGCACUGGUGUUUAUUUUUAAAUGUAAUUUCUGUCUGCAGAGUAGUGCGUGCCGUACAUUCUUCUACCUAAUUCUUCUGCGUAAACCUACGCAUAAGACACUUCUUGGACCAGAUUAAGAAUGCACUGCAGGUGUCAACAUCUUAGAUCAGGCAUCCCCAAACUGCGGCCCUCCAGAUGUUUUGGCCUACAACUCCCAUGAUCCCUAGCUAAGAGGACCAGUGGUCAGGGAAGAUGGGAAUUGUAGUCCAAAACAUCUGGAGGGCCAAAGUUUGGGGAUGCCUGUCUUAGAUGAAGCAAGGCUGGCGUGACUGAUGGGUUUUGGUUUCACUGAUAGUUUAGGGACCAUGGUCUUCCACCUUCUCCUUAGUUCCUCCCCUCCCCUCCCCUCCCCUCCCUGGCUCCAGCUCCUUUGGAAGAUGGCUUUACCCAUAAUGGCCUGGCUUCUCCUUUUGGAAAACAGCAGCUAAUUAUAUUCCAGCUUCUCUUGGACAAACAGGAACAUGCAGAAAUCCAGCACUAAUCUCCUUCAUGAAAAUUUAAAACGACGAUAGAGAAAGAAACACUCAGGGAUUGGUAAUGAGAUAUGGAGCCAUUCUUUCGUUAGAGCAAUUUGAAAGCAUGCUGAGCUUGACAGUGAACAAAUAUAACGGGAACACAGCAAGAUGAGACUGUGUUCAAAGCUUGGUUUCCAUGGGACCAGGUUUCUUUGUUGGUAGGGAAUCAGCAUGAAAUAUUAAUUUCUCCUUUGGCUUGAAGGGUAGAUUUUUGCAUAAAAUUGACUCCUGUACUGCUUGCUCUGCAGCAGUCAGUGAGGCGUAUCCUUCAAACUCGGGUCACUGAAUGUAGCUCCACUUUCUACCUUUGAAGCAGACGGUCUUGCUUUGUGUGUGACUCAGAAUCACACCUGUAAAGUCAGACCCCCAGUUUCCAGCAAAAUGUAAUUUUCAACUGAGACAACUGAUAGGCUCCGCUCAUAGGCACCAUGUUAUCUUCUAGCAUGUCGCUGUAUUUAAACGGUGUUUGGGGGCAUGUAAUGCAAAACUCAGUAAUAACAGAAAAUAAGCUACUCAAGCUACUUUUGAGCCUGAACAGUGUAUAUCUGAAAGCCAUUCUGUCUGUUGUGCCAGAAUAUGGCAGAACUGGGAUAGAUUCUGGAUGGUAACAAUUCAGAUUGUACCAGGGCCCAUAGGUGUGUCGUUUUCAAAUGCUCCCCCUUUGUAAAAUCUAAACAUCUCCCUUUGUGCUGCAAACUAAUACAGAAUAAAGGAAUGGGGUGUACUAAACCUUUGUCUCUGAUGUGAUGGUUUACUACAUGUGAUCUUUUUACACCAUUGAGCUUUCAAAAGGAGGAUGACUUCACCCCACUUUUGCAGGCCAAAGUAGCACAGUUCUGUUAACCACUUUAUUCUCUGUGUAGAUCAUCUUCAUGAAUUUGAUGAAAGUGAGUUUAGCUUAAGUAGAUUUUUUUAAAAGGCACGUAGUCUAACGCUUCUGGUUCAAGUGCACCUCUUGCUUGUUCGUCACCAAAAGUUGUUAAUACAGUAUAAGAUAUUCAAAUAUGUGCUAAAAUUAUUUGAAGAAUCUUUAUCAGCUUGAAGUUUAAUGCAGCCAAUUUCACUUUUAAAUUACCACAAAUUGAAAACUAACCACCCGUAAAAAGGAACGCAUGAAAUGUCAUGUUGGACAUCUUUAAAAAAUAAGAAGAGAAUUGAUAUGUUCAUCAUUCUGAACUGGUGGACUGUAUGAAAAUUCUUCGUGAUUUUAGACCACCACCUAGUGGUAUAAUAAACCAAGAUUUUCUGAUAGCUUUAAAACUUUGGACUUGAGAUGUGUUUAACUUACGCUUGAGGCUUGUCCACGCUUUUGCUUGUUCCAUGCCUAAACAGCAUGGGUCCAAGCAGUUUCCCUUCUGGCCCGCUGCUUUCCUUUCUUUAGCUCUAAAUCAGAACCAGUGACCAUCUUCAGAAAACCCGAUUGUUGUUUGCUCCAAUUGCGUGUAAAGAGCAGUUUUCCUCAGAGGCAAGCAGCAGGACAAAAGGAACUCUGAAUAAGCCCUUGCAGAGGUACUUUAUUUUAAUUCAGUAGGAGGUCCCUUUAUAUAUA